AUGGAUAAAAAUCGAUAUGCCAACGAAUUUGCUCAGGGUCAUAGAUUGUUGUUAGCCUGUGGUUACAGUAAUGGAAUUAUAGCAAUGAUGUUAGGUUCCAGUUCAGUAGCUGGAAUGUUUUAUGAAUGUGCUAAUCAGUAUGGAUGUUCUCAAACAAAAGAUGAGAAGUGUUGUUUGGCCAAGAAUAUUCCAAGAGGAAAGAGGUCUGCUGCUGUUUAUGGAUCAAUUACUACAUCUCUACCUGGUACAUGUCAAUCUUAUGGUGGUGAAGGCUCAAGUUGUUUGGUAAAUCCUACACAGGGAUCUAAUGAUCCUUAUUAUAAAUGUCCAUGUAGAACAGGUCUGGAAUGUGUGUCAUUAAACUUCUAUGAAGUUCCAAUAGGAAUAGUUGCUUUUUACGUAACUUUGUGUCGAGAAGAUUAUCAUAUUGCUCGAACAGCCUGUGUAUAUGGAAAAUGUCGAAAGCCAUGCUUCAGUGAUGCAGAUUGUGGAAAAGAACAUUGCUGUCAAAAAGAACCACAAUUAAAAGGGCGAAAGAAAAGAGCAGCUGAUCAAGCAUUUUGUAUUCCUUAUGGAAACCGUCAAGACUCAUGUGUUUUAACUGACCCACAAUAUCCAAACAUCCACUCACGUUGUCCUUGCAACAGUGGAUUAGCCUGCACUGAUGAUGGUUACAGAGAAGUUCCUGUGGAUUAUGAGUCCAAUGUAUAUGACUGUUGUUCUUUAUAUUGGUUACCUUUAGAUGAAAAAAUGUGGACAGGAGAAGUUGAAUUCAGAUUCAUUAAAAAUUGGGCUGAGGAUGUGGAAUUAAAUUUCACUGAAGAUUUAGGGAAUUCAGGGGGUGAUAAAAGGAACAAUACAUUACUUGAUAUAUCUACCACUAGAUCUUCAAGAGUCGAGAGGUCUUGUGCCAGAAAAGAGAACUGGGAUAAUGAGCUCUUUCCGGACUAUCUUUUUAAAUACAAUGAAACAUGGGAGGGGGAACUUUUUUCGACUGAAUAUAUGGAAUCUUUUCGGGAAUCUUGGGAGGGGGAUUUUUAUUCUGAUUUUUAUAUUAUGUCAUUUGAGUUUUAAUAAAAUUUAUAUUUUUUUUAUUAGUAAUUUAUCUUAUUUUAUUUAAUUUUUUGUUUUUUUCAUUUUAUUUUUGUUUAUUUUUUUUUUUCUAUUUUUUUUUUCAUUUUGUAUAUUUAGUUUUAUUUUACUUUGGUUUUUUUAUUUUUUUUUAUUUGAUAUAUUUUUUGACGAUUACUGUUGUGAAAUUUGUUAUAUAAAGUAUGAAUCAUGGGAGGGAGAACUUUUUUUGACUCAAUAUAUGGAAUCUUUUCGGA